AUGUCGUACUAUCCCGGCCAAGGCUAUCAUAACCAGGGAGGCUACAAUCAAGGGCCUCCUCCCCACAGCAGUACGGAGGCUAUCCUCCUCAGCAAUAUCCGUCACCCACCUCAGCAAGGAUACGGCGGUUACUCCAACUCACCUCAGCCUCAGUACGGAAACUACGGCGGUCCUCCUCAGCAACCACAGUACGGCGGUCAAUACCAGCAACCUCCUCCACAACAGCCACAAUAUGGCGGUUAUUCGCAACCGCCUCCUCAGCACUAUGGCCCUCAAUCACAUCUGCCCAGCGGCCAAAAUGUCUACCAACAGCACAACAUUCGUCAAGGUGCCCCUCCACCUCCGCCCACCGGCAUGCAAAACUUUGGCAGUGGCGCCCCCAAUGGCUACUCGUUCCAAUACUCCAACUGUACCGGCAAGCGAAAGGCUCUCUUGAUCGGUAUCAACUACUUUGGCCAGAAGGGGCAGCUCCGAGGUUGCAUCAACGAUGUUAAGAACAUGUCCAACUACCUCAUGGAGGCCUUUGGCUACAAGCGCGAAGAUAUGGUCACCUUGACCGAUGACCAGCAGAACCCAAUGAGCCAGCCUACAAAGCAAAACAUCCUGCGCGCAAUGCACUGGCUCGUUAAGGACGCCCAGCCCAACGACUCGCUCUUUUUCACUACUCUGACUGAAGAUCUCGAUGGUGACGAGGAAGACGGCUAUGACGAAGUCAUCUACCCUGUUGAUUUCCGCCAAACCGGCCACAUUGUUGACGAUGAGAUGCAUUUAAUCAUGGUCAAGAAUCUUGCCCCCGGUGUACGACUAACCGCUAUCUUCGAUUCGUGCCACUCAGGCUCCGCUUUGGAUCUGCCAUACAUCUAUUCCACCCAAGGUGUACUCAAGGAGCCCAACCUUGCCAAAGAAGCUGGCCAAGGUCUGCUAGGUAUUGUCAGCAGCUAUGCCCGUGGCGACAUUGGCGGUAUGGCGAGUACUGCCAUGGGCUUGUUUAAGAAGGUCACCAAGGGCAAUGACAGCUAUGAAGCGAACAAGCGCACAAAGACUUCGCCUGGAGAUGUCAUCAUGUGGAGUGGCAGCAAAGACGAUCAGACCUCAGCUGAUGCCUCCAUUGCUGGUCAAGCGACUGGUGCCAUGUCCUGGGCAUUCAUCGGUGCUCUCAGAAAGAACCCUCAGCAAAGUUACGUUCAACUGUUGAACAGCAUUCGUGACGAACUUCAAGGACAAUACUCUCAGAAACCUCAAUUGAGUGCCAGUCAUCCUAUUGAUACAAACCUUCUUUAUGUCAUGUAA